UCUCAAGCUUAUCCCCACCUCAACCAACACCUUACCUACCUACACCUCAAACCUCAAAAACAACCAACCACCAUGAAAAUCAUCAUCAUCGGCGCCGGCAUCUCCGGCUGCGCCGCAUACCUCACCCUCCGAAAACACCUCCCCCCACCACCCCCCUCAUCACCUCCCCAAGACCACGAAUACACCAUCUACGAAGCAUACCCCAGCACCAGCUCCCCCAACCCCACAAACAAAAUAACCAUAGGCGGCGGCCUCGGCAUCGCCCCCAACGGCCUGCGCGUCCUCGAACGCCUCGACGAGAACAUCCUCCGCGACGCCGUCACCAGCGGCUACAUGCUCGACCACACCAACCUGAAAGAUAAGCACGGGACGACACUAAUCCAACUGCCAUCAUCAUCCUCAUCCAGCGGAAGUAGUGAAAGUAGUGGGGACAGAAGCAAAGCACUCCACCUCCUCGGCACAAGCCGGCACAACUUCUGGCUCUCCCUGCGCAGGCGCAUCCCGGAGAACGUGAUCGUGUACAAUAAGCGUGUAGCGGGGGUGAUUACCCAUCCUACACAGCGGAAUACGGUCACGUUCGUGGAUGGGAGUGAGCCUGUGUAUGCGGAUUUAGUGAUUGGGGCGGAUGGGUUGAGGAGUGUGGUGAGGGGGGGUAUACUUGAUGGUGAGGGGGAUGGGCCGAGAUAUGAAGGCCUCAUCGGCAUCGGCGGCUUCCUGCCCACUUCCACCAUCCCCCAAACCAUCACCACCACCACUAUCGGUGGUAUAGAAUCUGGCUCCCUAAACCUCCACUUCAGCGGCACAGGCUUCUUCGGCUACUUCUACGCCACCAGCUCACCCACCUCCCCGACGCGCUCUUCAGCAUAUCAUGUUUCUGAGCCGGGGGAUACACUAGUCUGGUGGACUACCUACUCAACACCUACAUCUACACCUACCCCUCCCGAUGGGAGGGAUGUAGAUGUGGAUGACGUGAAAUCCCAAUUAAAAUCGAGAUUCUCCACCUGGACCGACCCCCUCGUACUUCACAUCAUCAACUCCGUCGAGGUGCAGACCAUGUGGCCUACCUUCACCACUCCCGAGCUUCCGACAUGGGAGAGGGAGGGCGUGGUGUUGGUGGGGGAUGCGGCGCAUGCGUUGCCGUCGACGUCGGGCCAGGGGGCGAGUCAGGCGUUGGAGGAUGUGGAGGCGUUGGCGAGGUUGGUGGGGCAUGAGGUUGGGGUUUUGUAUAUGGAGGAGCAGAUGAGGGGGGGUGGUGGUGGUGGUGGGAUCGGGGUUGAGGGGGAGAAGAGGGCGAUUCAGGUGGCGUGUAAGAGGUAUGUGGAGAUGAGGAUGCCGAGGGUAAAGGGGAUUUUGGAUACGGCGAGGGGAAUGCAGAAUAGUAAGAGGGACAUGGGCGGGUGGGGGGAGUGGGUGAUGUAUUGGGUUAUGUGGGUUAUGGGGUUCUUUCCUGGGUUGGUUGCAAGGCAGCAGCAGGAGGUAUUUGAUUAUGAUUUGCCCGCGGAGGUGGAGCGGGUGUUGGAUCGAGGAUUGUAGUGUCAUUCGUCGUAUAUAGUAUCAAGCCGCAACUCUCUCCUCAUGAGCACUAUUCACCUUCUCUUCGAACCGCUUCUCUUCAUCCUCUUCCCUCUCUACCGGCCCAUCGAAGAUUACCGCCACCUGCUCCAACGAGUACCCCUUCGUCUCCGGGUAGAAGAAGAAUGCAGUCACUGCAAACAGCACCAGCACCACAAUAAACACAAUGUAAUACCGCCACCCAAUCGCGUCCAGAGCAAUCGGAUUCACAAAUGUAUUGAAGAACAUGCCGCUAAUCGUCGCCACCCAGGUCACGGUCAGACCGCGGGAUCGUAGUCGGUACGGCCAGAUUUCGCAGGGGUAC